UGCUUGAUGAUGCAAGAAACAUGAACUUAGAUGAUGCGAUAUCAAAGUUCAUUUUCUUGAAUGCUAUACCAUUUAAUGUUGUGAAAAGCUCAUAUUUUCAUGCGAUGAUCGCAGCCGCUUGUAGUGCUAGACCUAGUGCUGCAUCGAGGAUUCUUGGUUACAAGAAGCUUCGUACUACUCAACUCACUCGUCACUAUACUUUAAUCAAGGAGAAGUUAGCUCCCUUUCGUGAUGGAUGGGCUCGGUUUGGAUGUACAAUAGUGACUGAUGGAUGGUCUGAUAUAAAGAGUAGAUCAUUCAUAAAUUUCAUGGUUACCUCUAUCCAUGGCUCAAUAUUUUGGCAGGGUAUUGACACCAAAGGAGAAGAGAAGAUUGGUCUUUGGCUUUGGGAGCAACUUAGACCCAUCAUUUUGGAUGUUGGUGUUGAAAAUGUUGUUCAAGUCAUCACUGAUAAUGCUUCGAAUUGUGUAUCGAUGGGGGAACAUAUGAGAGAAGAAUUCCCCUUUAUCUUACACAAUCGAUGCGUGUGCCAUGUUUUGGACUUAUUAUUGGAGGAUAUUGGGAAGUUUGAUUGGGUGUCUAAGAUCGUAAAUGACUGUGAGAAGAUCGUGAAGUUCAUAACUGAGAAGCCGAUGUUACUUGCUUUAUUUCGAAAGUUCUGCUCUAGAGAACUCAUGAAGCUUGCGAAGACUCGAUUCGCUUACAUCUUUCUUAUGGUCAGCUAGCUCCAGCAUGAAGAUGUUUUCCCGUGCCUUCGACGAUUCAUAGUGAGUGCAGAAUUUGAAUCGUCGAAGUGGUAUAACACAAA